CAAACGACCGCUUUAGGCCAUUUUCCCAUCUGCUUUCUGCAUUCAAUCAGUUUAUAGCUGUAUAAAGGCAAAAAUUAUUAUGGAUAACUACACACAUGGAAUAAAUUACUACUAAUAUUCAUAUUUAAUCGCAUAAUUGACGUUUGUAUUAGAUCUGUUCCGUUGUGUGCACCCAGCAUUCAAUUGUAGGUUUCUUCAAACAAAAAGCUGAGAUUUUGAUAAGAACAUGGAAUCAUCCUCUGGGGCAGCGCCAGAAUUUGAUUAUCUGUUCAAGCUGUUGAUGAUUGGAGAUUCCGGGGUUGGAAAAAGUAGUCUUUUGCUGAGUUUCACUUCUGAUGCUUUCGAGGAGCUCUCUCCAACAAUCGGAGUGGAUUUUAAGGUAAAACACUUAACGCUUGGAGGAAAGAAAUUGAAGCUUGCAAUCUGGGACACAGCUGGGCAGGAAAGAUUUCGAACUUUGACUAGUUCCUAUUACCGAGGUGCUCAAGGAGUCAUCAUGGUAUAUGAUGUGACACGACGAGACACCUUUACGAAUCUUUCUGAUAUAUGGGCUAAAGAAAUUGAUCUCUACUCCACAAAUCAAGAUUGCAUCAAGAUGCUAGUUGGCAACAAAGUAGAUAAGGAGAGUGAAAGGGUUGUCAGCAAAAAAGAAGGGAUCGACUUUGCAAGGGAAUAUGGCUGCCUCUUCAUUGAAUGUAGUGCCAAAACUCGUGUCAACGUGGAGCAGUGUUUUGAGGAACUCGUCUGGAAGAUCUUGGAUACGCCAAGUCUCUUGGCGGAGGGCUUAGCUGGUAAUAAAAAGAACAUUUUCAAGCAGAAGCCUCCCGAAUCUACAGAUACAUCCAGCAGUUGCUGCUGACUCUUUUAUCCAAGUGGCAUAUGCAACUCAUAUCUUGCAUAAUUUCACUCUCCACCAGAUUGAACAUACAUUUUUAUACAAAUAUAACAAAUUUGCAAUGAUAUUUGUUCGAAACUUCCAUUUGAGCAA